ACCGCUCAAAACAUUCGUUUGUUUUCUGGAAUCUUUAUAAGAAAUUCUUAUUCUUGUUGGUUAUUGUUAUCGUGUUUUUCAUCAUGAAUUUUCAGCGUUUUUUUGAGAUUUUCCCAUUCUUUGGUAGCCCAAAGGUCCUUCGAUUCAAGAAAAUGAGCGAAAAUGCUUACACACCCACAAAAGGAAGUAAACUUGCUGCUGGUUUUGACCUUUACAGUGCUCAUGAUCUUGUUGUUGGUGCCAAGGGAAAAGCUUUGGUUAAAACUGAUCUUCAGAUUCAAAUACCCGAGAAUUGUUAUGGUAGAAUUGCCCCAAGAUCUGGACUUGCUCACAAAAAUUUCAUCGAUGUUGGAGCAGGAGUAAUUGACGCUGAUUACCGAGGAAAUGUUGGUGUUAUCUUAUUCAACUUCGGUGAUUCUGAUUUCAAAAUUUCCAAAGGUGAUAGAAUUGCUCAACUAAUCUGUGAACGUAUUGAAUACCCAGAACUGGAAGAGAUUUGUGGUGAUGAAGAGAUAGAAAAUACUGACAGAGGUGCAGGUGGUUUCGGCUCAACCGGAAAGAAUUAAAUAUUGACCUCAAUCAAUGUAAUCGAAAUGUUUUCCCAAAAUUGUCAACAUUUGCACAAUAUUAUCAUCCCUUGAUUAGAAAGUUUCAUCAUCCCAUUGUUAAAGACACAACUGCAUCACUAUUGUAAACGAUUUUGAAUCAAUCUCUCAAACCCAAAGGUCAAUCAAAAAACUUAAUAUGAUUCAAAAGUCGAAACAAAAUUUACAUUUUAUUCAAUUAAAUACUUUACACAGUUGA